AUGCCUCCGUUUCACCAGCAGCCAGCAUCCCUAGGCAAGACCAAGACGGGCCGUUCCCUCCAGAUCCGCACGUAUCCCAAGUUUGCCACCCUCGAGCAGGAGCGUCAGUACCGCAAGGAACACCUCGCGGCGGCCUUUCGCAUCUUUGCCGACCGCGGCUACGACGAGGGCGUGGCGGGCCACAUCUCGGUGCGCGAUCCGAUCCUGACGGACCACUUCUGGCUGAACCCGCUGUCCAAGCACUUCAGCCAGAUGCGCGUGUCGGACCUGAUCCUGGUAGACGAGGACGGCUUCGUCGUCGAGGGCGACGAGCCCAUCAACACGGCCGCCUUCACCAUCCACUCGGCCAUCCACAGGCUGCGGCCCGACGUGCACGCCGCCUGCCACGCCCACAGCGUCCACGGCAAGGCCUUUUCCGUCUUUGGCCGCGAGCUCGAGAUGAUCACCCAGGACGCCCUGCGCUUCUACAGGAGCCACGGCGUGUACCGCCACUUUGGCGGCGUGGUCGUCGAUGCCGACGAGGGCGCGCGCAUCGGGGCCGCCCUGGGGUCCGGCAAGGCCGUCAUCCUGCAGAACCACGGCCUGUUGACUGUCGGGCAGAGCGUCGAUGAGGCGGCCUUUUGGUUUAUGAGCAUGGACAGGACCUGUCACGCGCAGCUGCUGGCCGACGCGGCGGCUGCUGGUGGUGGUGGGCAUACCAAGAAGCUGAUCGACGAGCACGAGUGUGAGCACUCGGCCCAGAGCGUCGGCGGGCCGGAGAAGGGCUGGCUUGCAUUUCAGCCGUACUAUGAUGAGAUGCUGGCGAAGACAGGGGGGGACUUUUUGAACUAA